AUGUCGUCAGCGUCGUGGCGCACUGCGCCACGACCGUCGUCUGCUGGACUCCAUUCGUUCAACCAUACGAAACUCGUGCUCAAGUACAAGCCUGCGCCGUGUGGUAUAGACUCGAAUCUACUUCUUCUUCUGCAUGGACUAGGCGAUACAGCAGAUCCAUUCUUCUCUCUUGGUCAGCGUCUACAACAGACACUCCCACAAACAGCUGUGCUUAGUGUUCAAGCUCCACUUCGCGUGCCACUGCUAGAGGAAGAGGCAUGGAUGUGGUACGAUAGUUUUGAUGCUUUAGGUGAAGUGCGCUUGAAUCCGGAUCCACGACGUGCGAUGAAAGAUAUCACCCACCUCUUGACAUAUCUGACUGCACCAGUUUCACAGGGUGGAUGUGGCUGGGCAUAUGAGCACAUGCACGCGCUGGGCUUUGCUCAAGGUGGCUCAGUGUUACUUGAGACGCUCAUUGCCACACGCGCAAAUGCAUUCGGCAGUGCCGUAAGUCGCCGCGUGUUUGCUUCGUCACACGCGAUGCCCGACCAUUUGCGAUGUCGAGUGCGUCUCGCUCCCACGUCACGGCCGUGCAGCGAGCGUUCUGCCAUGUGA